AUGGAUGCGAGCUUCAACAUCAUUACUGGAGGUGAAACAAGAAUUACCACUCAUGGUUUGAGCAUUGCAUUAGGAUAUUACGCAUUUUUUCAAUAUGUUAGCAGUAAUGGCUAAAAUGAUUGGGUCAAAGUCUAUAAUUAAGUUGCAUUUUCCUAGGUGAAUAAUAUAGCAUUAAAUUAAGGAAUCUCAAAAGCAACAAGAGCAAUCGCUUUGGUAAAGAAUCCGACAACAUAGAUUAUGCAUUUCUUGUUUAUAAAUACAGCCGAUGGGACUCUUUUGAAUUCGUUAUAAGAUGAUACUGUCGCAAACUCCUAUUAUUGGACUGAUUCAUAUGUGAACUCUGUACUCUUAGACUCUACUAUUUUAGUUCAUCAGCUUCACCAAACGUACCUAAAUGGAAAUAUGAUCAUAAAGGAGCUGUUACAUUUGCUGAUUCCGGAGUAUUUUCCUACCAUCUAAAAGAUGAAUGCCUCGACUGGAAUUCUACAAUAUGCAUAUUCUCUAAACAUUACCAGAACACAAACUAUAGAUGCAACAGUAGAUUUUUACUAAAUUCAAGCUGACCUGAAAUGUUCUGAUACAAGAAUCUUAUCAAAUAAUUCUUACUUUGUAUUGGUGAUAGAUGUCACGUUAUAAAAAAAUUAUCUCUACAGAUUAUAUGAUUUAACAAGUACAGGAGGUUCAAUGACCUAGUAGGAGUUUUAUUACAAAACUAAUUACAGAAUCAAUGAUGCUCUUAUUGCCUCAGAUUUUACUGUAUAUUAUUGUGGCUCUAUUCUUUAUUCUGCUCUUAGUAGUGCAAAGUACUACAGUUUUAUAAUGCCAUAGGACAUAACUUAAUCAUGCGCUUCGAAUAAUUUGUAGCCAAUCUUCACUUAAAGCACUCUGAUUACAACAUCUGAGUUCAAAUUUUAGAAUCUUGGAGUUGUACUUCAAUCUACAACUAACAUUAUCUUGAAGAAAAAUUCUACUUUAUAAUUGCUAAGCUAAAAUAUAUCCCUUUAUAGCACAAAUUACACAAAUUUCUGUGAUCCAAUACCAAAGCUAUAAACAUAUAAUAACUAAACUUCUAUUUCAGAAAAAUAUCCAAUUCAAGGAAAUUCCUAUGCAAAAAAUAUAUCCUAAUCAUUCUUCUUCGGAGAUGAAUCUUGCAAAGAUAAAUCUCGUAAACUUUCUGUUAACUCUAGAUAACAGACUAACUUACCUUUUUUAUUUGAUGGGAAAGAUCAAUUAACAAUUUCUUAAUCUUUAUUCAUUGAAACUUAGUCAACUUAUGAACUUACUUGCACCUAUCCUUCAGGAUAAGCAGCCUCAAUGAAUUUAUCAAUUGAAUUUGUAGAUUGCACAGUUUAGGUUAACUUAGAUCAGUUUUCAAAUGUAUAUUACAAUAUUGGAGAUAAUGUUCGAACGUUGAAUUUGAGUUCGUACGAUUUAGACCCUGCUUGCCCUAUAGUUUAAGAAAUUGUGAUGAAUAUUUCUCCUCCUCCUGCCAAAGAAACAACAUUUUUACAAACAUUAGAUAACACUUUAAAGAUAUUUGAAACUGAUACUGAUGCUAAAGGAGUGUACUAGAUUGAUCUCGCUUACAUCAGUUCUUAUUAAGGCUAUCAAUACUAAACAGAUUUUUCUUUCUUCGUAAAUAUAAUAUGCCCAUUAAAAUCUUUCACUCAUACCUUCAAUGGAUAACUUGAAUAUAACUAUACAGUGGGUAGCGGGAAAUUUCUAAUUCAAGGUUAACAUAUAAACUGCUAUAAUUCUAACUUAGACUACAACAUCAACAACUACAUCAUCACCAACUACAUCAUCAGCAACUACAUCAUCACCAACUACAACAUCACCAACUACAUCAUCAUCGACAACUACAUCAUAAACAACUACAUCAUCAACAUCUACAUCAUCUCCAACUACAUCAUCAACAACUACAUCAUCAACAACUACAUCAUCAACAACUACAACAUCAACCACUUCAACAACUAAGGCUACUACAACUAGUACUACUACUACAUAAGGCAGCACAACUAUAACAGCAAUCCCAUCAACAACUCAAAAACCAACUACAACUACUUCAACCACCACGAAGUCUUCAAUAAUUACAACUUCCUAGACAACAACUGCCAAGCCAAUAACAACUGA